UUUAUGUAUUUACCGUUUUGAAAUUGGCUCAUAGGCUGCUUGUCUGAAUUUAGGCUGCUUGUUCGACUUCGAGGUCGAUUUUUUUUCUAGUUCUUUUGAUAUGAAUCGAUUAAGAAAAGAAAUAGUGAUUGAGAAAUUGAAGAGGCUUCAUCAAAUAAUAUCAUGCAUGAAGUGUGGAGAUUGGCACAGUGAAAAUUUCUCAAAUACUUCUUGUCGGCAUUUGCUGUGUGGAAGAUGUUUGAGCUUCUCGCAAUCUAACCAAGGAGUUCGGUGCGAUGUGCUUCUGCCGGGUGAAUCAAAAGCGUGUAUUGAGUAUUUUACAAAAGAAAAUGUUGUACCUGAGCCUAAGUUUAAUCAGUAUUACAAAGGAGCAAUUGAAAUGCUAGAUUUUUAUGAUUUGACCAUAAACGACUUAAAUAUUCAAGAUGCUGAAAAAGUGAAACUGACGAACAACGGAGACGGCAACGAGGUUAGCGAGACAUCAAAGUCAUUCAAUAUUAACAGCAAUACAGAGGAUAGUAGUGAUUCGGAUUCUGAAAAUAAUCAUACAAGCGAGAUAAUCAGAGAAAAAGAGAUAGCUUCUAAACAUAAUAUGAGCGUUUUUGAAAUAGCAGACUCACAGCCUCCUAAUGCAAUGCAACCUGCUUGCUCCAAAUCUCUCCGGUUCGAAAGCAAAUGCGAAUCACAGAAGACUAAAAAGCAGAAAAAAACUGUGGCCACAGGAUUCAAUUUUUUUGGAGCUAAACCGGAAAGCUCAAAACCAGUGAAGCGAAAGUCUAUCAAAUAUGUGAGUAAGCUCAGUACUUUUGAGGUGGAAGACGAUCAAACUCACCCAGAAAAAGAAAACAACUCGACUGAAAAAGAUGCGUUUUUACCCUCAAAGGCAACACUGAGCAAGCGGUCACUAUUUGAUGUGUCGUCUACUACGAACACAGAUUUUGAAAACACAGUUAACGCCGAAGAUAAGGCAGUAGCCUCGGAGAGCGUGAUCAGAAAAUUAAAAAAGAGGGACUGCAAGGGCGAGACAGAAUUGCAUCGGGAGAGCAAGAGAGGAAAUCUGGAGAAAGUGUUGCAGCUGCUAGAACUAGGAGCAGACCCAAACACAGAGGACAAUGCAAGCCUUAGACCCUUGCACGAACACAAAGCAUUGGAGAACUCGGAGGUGUGUCGUGCAUUGCUGGAAUAUGGAGCGGACCCUAGGAAACACGGAGGGGAACAGAAAAUAACGCCACUGCAUGUAGCUGUGCAGCAUAAUUACACGAAUGUGAUCCCCCUGCUGAUACAGUGUGGAUCGGACAUACAUGCAACUGCAAAGGGAAACAACGAAGAAGCAUUCACACCGCUAUCAUUUGCCAGCUUCCACAAAAAUGCUGAAGUUGUUAAGCUACUCGAAAGCGAGUAUCAGAAAGUCCAAAAUGAAAAACCAUUGGACGGGGCAGUACUAAAAGAUUACGUAACAACACCACUCAAGAAACCGAAGUAUAAUUUAGCAGAAAUCGAAGCUGUUAAAUGUGCGACUCCGAUAGGGAAAAUAGUAAAAGAUGGAAUCACUCACGUGUCAACUUCAGCAUUGAGCGUGAAAUCGAAGUCUUUGUGUGAAACAUUUUCAAAGAAGUUCAAAAUAAAGAUUAACCCUAAUUAUGAUGACUCUUGUGAUGCGCUGAUAGUUUCUAAGAAGAGCGAACCAAACAUGUAUUCAAGGACAAUUAAGGUAGUAACCGCCUUGAUGAGAAACGGAGUGUUGGUUGACGAUUCGUGGAUCCAAGAUAGUCUGGACAAUGGAAAAUUGCUCUCGUAUGAGAAGUAUCUAGUGGACUCUUUCUGUGAACAUAAGGGCAGUGUAAAACGGGCUAGACAAGCUCACGACCAGUCAAAGAAGCUGUUUUCGGGGCUAGAAGUAUUCGUUAGGUCGAAUCUGGAUACCGAGUAUUUAAUGGCAGCGUCUCAGCUUAAAGAAGUACUUGCUUUGGGAGGAGCCAAAGUUCUUCCUCGAGAACCAAAACCCGCUUCUUUGAUCGACUCUAACAUGACGAUUGGUGAUGAUUCGAGACCCGAAUUUAUUGCAGAAAAAUCAUCGAUAAGUGACAUGCGGAUUAUAGUUGUAGCUGGAACUAUUAUCGACGGAGAUGAAAAUAUAAAGUUUAAGCAGAUUAUACCAGGAUUGUACCACGUGACUGCAAAUUGGGUUUUGGGAUGCAUUGUCACUUUUGCCAUCGAAUAGGCAGUUAAAAAUAAUCUUAUGAGAAAUUAUUUUAAAACUCAACGUUCGAGCAAAAAACUUGAUGAAACUAAUCUAAACUCUUGCGUUUUCUUACUUUGUUGAAUCCUUGUUUACGUUUUAUUUUUGUGAACUGAUGUAAAACUAUUGAAAUUGAGUGCUUUGCUGCAUCGUAUGACCAUGGUCUAUUAAUUGUGUUUUUGAGUUUCCCGUCACAGGGAAUUUAUCGAAAAGUAUUGGUUUUGUUUGUUUUUCUUAAAUUGGUUUUUAACUGCAUCUUUUGA